AUGGCCGAGCCAUCCUCUUCCAAGGUCAAGGCAGAUUCGCUUCUCCCACCAGAGAAGCGCGAGGCGGCUCCCUCUCAGACCAACGCUGCCGCAUCCACUUCCUCGAAUGCUCUCUCCGAGAAGCACGGCAUCGAGCUUCCCAGCCAAGAAGAUGCUGAGCGUCUCGGUUUCAACGUCUUCUCACACAUCCUCGAUCCGCGUCUCUUGAGGUCGCUCGCCGAUCUCGGCUUCGGCAUUCCGACUCCUAUCCAGCAAAAAGCCAUUCCGCUUGCGCUCGCAGGAAAGGACAUUCUCGCACGGGCACGCACUGGCUCGGGAAAGACGCUGGCGUACGGUCUGCCGCUUCUUCAGAAGGUGCUCGAUGCCAAGACGGCCGUGGCCAAGUCCGAUCCGAACCACCAGCUCACGCGUGCGCUCGUUCUUGUGCCUACGCGCGAACUCGCAGAACAGGUCUUCCGACAUCUCUCCGUAGUCAUUGAAUACCUUCGCGACGACGUACGCCUCGUCAACGUCGCUCGUGAGGCGUCCGAAAAGGUGCAGCGUCUGCUGCUCAGCGAAAAGCCCGACGUCGUCAUCGCCACGCCUUCCAAGGCGCUCAGCUACCUCCAGAACGGCUCACUCGACCUCAAGUCCGGCCUCGAGACGCUCGCCAUCGAUGAGGCCGACCUCAUCCUCUCGUACGGUCACGACUCGGACGUCAAGUCUCUUCUUGGUGGCAGCUUCCUCCCGUCCCACUUUCAGUCGUUCCUCAUGUCGGCUACUAUGACUUCGGACGUCUCCAAGCUCAAGGGCCUCCUCCUGCGCAACCCAGUCGUGCUCAAGCUCACCGAAACCGACGAUGCGGCAGGCUCAAAUUUGGUGCAGUUCUACACCCGCACCACCGAGGAGGACAAGUUCCUGCUUGUCUACGUCAUCCUCAAGCUCAAGCUCAUCCGCGGCAAAGCGAUCCUGUUCGUCAACGAGCUCGAGCGCGGAUAUCGACUCAAGCUCUUCCUCGAAAAGUUCGGCCUGCGUGCAUGCGUGCUCAAUGCUGAGCUGCCCAUCAACUCGCGCUACAGCAUCGUCGAGGAGUUCAACAAAGGCAAGUUCGACUACAUUGUUGCCACCGACGAGCCGACUGGCAUCAACAAGGAGGUUGAGGAGGGCAGCGAUGACGAGUCUGCCGACGAAGGAGAAGAUAUCGCAGAGGACGCCAAGGAUGACAGCACCAAGAAGCGCAAGAGCGGAGCGGCGGAAGGCAAGGCCGCGGGCAAGAAAGCAAAGCGCGAGGGAAAGAAAGGCUCAGCAGGUGCGGCCGAGUUCGGCGUCUCACGCGGAGUCGACUUUGUCAACGUGUCGUGCGUCAUCAACUUCGACCUCCCCACCAGCGUCGAUGGCUACAUCCACCGCGUCGGACGCACCGCACGCGGCGGCGCCUCGGGAACCGCGUUGAGCUUUGUGGUGCCCUCGUCCGAGUUUGGUCGAUCCAAGUACCUUAGCUGCGGGUCCACACGGCGCGACGAGUCGGUGUUCCGACAAAUCCAACGUCGCAAUGCCGCCGGUGGGGAGCUGCAGGAGUGGAAGUACGACGCGUCUUCCGUCGAGGGCUUCCGCUACCGAGUCGGAGAUACGCUCAAGAGCAUCACGCGUGCACUCAUCCGCGAGGCGCGCAUCAAGGAGCUCAAGGCCGAACUGCUCACCUCUGCCAAACUCCAGGCGCACUUCGAGGAUCACCCCGACGACCUUGCUUAUCUCCAACACGAUCGCGCCCUCCUCUCCACCCGCUCCGGCCAGCAGCAUCUCAAGCAUGUGCCGGCCUACCUCGCACCAAAGAUCAUCAACAACUCCAUGGCUCAGCCGCGUGCGUACACGGGCUACGUGCCCAAGAACAAGCCGAGCGAAAGGAAGAACCGCAAAGCAAGGAGCUCCACCGCAGCCAACGGCAAAAAGCCCGGCAAGAAGGCCGACCCUCUCCGCAAGUUUUCGAAGAAGUAG